CGCUGCCUCGUGGUGCUUGUUAUUCUAACCUGUCUUGUACCUGAAACCAAACCCGGCAGACUUUAAGUUUCAAGCAAUGCUAUGUUUCUAUGUUUUUGUUGUCCAUUGUCUUAUAUCGGUCUCACGCUCUACCUUUCUUUCUGCGGAACACUCGGGCGCGGAAUUUCAAAGACGAAAUGGAGAUACCCGCUUACAGAUGGCUGUGAGAUCUUCUUUGCGACGCUGAUAUCGGAUAUUAGACGAAAAUGGGACGUAGGCGGCCUCUUCUAAGCGAACACCUGCAAUGACUUUAUCUACUUCGACGCGUCCUAGACGUGGCAUCCGACGUCGAGACAUGCCCUCCUGGACGUCAGCACUCUCUGGUCUUGCUGGUCAUCUACUAGCCUUUAAACAGAGGCAUGCAUCGAAGGAAGCCGGUCACACUAUAUUGUCUUUCCUGCAUCACUUUGACACGAGCAAUCUGCCUUCCAUUUGGGACCCAACGCUACAAUCUCUCUGUAUAGUAGAGGCCGAGCGCCGCGGCUAUUCGGUCGAGGUGCUCAAGCCUUACCUUGUCUUGGGGCUGAACAUUACCACCGCCGCAUACCAUUACAUCGACGAUACCAACGUCAAGAUGUUCAUUUCAUUCUUCUGCAUGUUCUUGAUAUACCUCGACGACGUCUAUCCAGACGAUUCGGACGCGUUGGGUGGAGUUCCCGAUUUCACCAGGCGUUUCACAUCAUCAGAGAAGCAGUCGAGCAAAAUCCUAAACGACUUGGCUGAUCUUCUCACCGAAAGUUCUCAGCACUUCGGCAAAGUCACUGCAGACUUCAUCGUCCACUCCGCCUUAAAGUUCAUUACCGGGCUCAUCUUAGAGGUCCAAAGCAAGUUCGAGCCGACGCAUCGAGUUGAGGAAUACGCCAUAUUCCUCCGGGAGCAGUGUGGGCUCGCGGAAGCCUUUGCCAUGUUUAUUUUCCCCAGAGACCUCCCAUACCAGUUGUACAUCCAAGCUCUCCCUUCUAUGCGCGAUUUCAUCGACUUCGCGAAUGACAUCCUUUCGUUCUACAAGGAGGAGUGUAGUGGCGAUACCAACAAUUUCAUAUCUCUGCUUGCUCAAGCGCGUCGCUCACCGAAGAUCAAAGUCCUCCGCUACGUGGUGAGGCAGUGUUUGGAGGCAUAUGAGAGGACGUUGCGUAUCCUGUCGCCACAUAGGGAGGCGCAUAAGGCUUUCAGGAAUUUCACGAGCGGGUAUUUGGCCCUUCAUUUGGGCAUGAAGAGAUACAGACUUAGCGAGCUGGGUAUAUAGUACGAUUUCCUCCUCUAAUUUAUGAAUUAUUAAGAUACUGUACUUUACGGGCCACUGGCAUAAUCAGAUACCCAUCCUUUUCAAAAUUUCUUUAUCUUUGUACUCGAAUAUAUGAUGACG